AUGGCGCAGGACGGUGCUUCAACUUCAACAAGCGAGACGUCAUCGCUUACAUUGAAUAUGGUUAACAGUCGCCAUGCCUCACCCUUUCCUCCACCAGCUCCUGCACCACUACAGGAUUUGUUUUACGGCCCUAUGGACCAGCAGCCUCCUUGGAUGGAGCAAAACCCAUCUGAUGAUUUCGGCAUGAUGCAGCCUCAUCCUUUCAUGGCGACUGGAUUACUCGGAGAUCAAGCUCUAGGUAUGGUUGGAGUGGGCGAAAAGUCGCUGUGGCCUGCACCGUCUGUGACUAAUGUGCAAGGGUCUCAACCUAUCAACGCGCAGAAUGCAACCUGCCUUGCAUCUCUGCUUUCCCACACGCCUUUUCAUUUUCCUGCCAGUUCAUCUGCUCAGUCUGGCAUGUCUCGCGGAUGUUCGCUAGAUCCAGCAGGUCAACCUUCUUUGGGAUUUAUGCAGAACUCAUCAUUCACCCUGCAUUCUGUGCCAUCUUUACCAUCUCAAGAUGAUGCUCGUCCUAUCCCAGCCACGAAUAUCAUCCUGCCAACACCACUCAAAGAUGGUGGCAGUAAUACCUCUGCCACCUCUGCGUCCACUGAUAAUGGACCCCAAAGAGACCCCAGUCUGAAGUUGGACACAGGGUACUAUCCUCCAGCUGCCACCCACCGCGUUCAGUUCCCUGAAGAGAGCAAGCCAAUAACGCACCAAGAGGAUCAAGUGGUAACUGGCCGCAGGUCAGCAGAUAUGAAUGCAGCACUCGAUACUGGGUUUGUGGACAUUGAGCGUUACUUUCUUGAGCUCUCAGUGUCCACCACCCUCCCCAUGAAUCAAUUAAUUAACUUAUACCUGAAGUCUCGAGGAUGCAGUGUGAGUGGCACCAAUUACUGGAAUCUUUAUGCGAAUUACUUCAAGGACCACAUACAGGAGGAGCUCGGCCGCAUUGGAAAAGAGGUACCGGAAGGCAGUGGGACACCUAGUGCAACCUUGCGAAUGCGAUGCUACGAGAAAUUCAAGGACACCUUUCCAGAUGCCUAUCAAGACAUCCUAUCAAAGCACGAGGAAGUAUCUCUCCUGGGUGCAUCUCCCCAAACCAUAGCCCAGCGUGGACAGCUUCAGUCCUGCUCCGCUAGAUUCGGGUUUGAAGCAGCUGUUGUACUAUGUGGUAAAGUGGUUAAUGAAGAUGGUUCACUUGGUCAUUCUUACAGCACACCUGGCGCUGCUGGGUUCUGGGAAAUGCAAUGCUGUGCCAGUGAUGACGCGAUCAUCAGUCAUCUAAAAGCCCACGUGUAUAACACCACAUCACUAUCUGCAGUCGAAGAAGCUUUUCCAGAAACCGAGGACGAUAGCCACGAAAAACCGACACCAAGCCUUGCCAACGAUGUAGACCAGGCUUCUGAUGUCAUGGAGGGACGAUGGGAGGAUGGGUUGAAAUUUGUGAAGCAAGAAAUCACUAAGCAAGCUGCCAAAUUUCACUGCACAAUAAACAGCGGAAAGAUUUUCCCUUGGAAGCUCAUGCUGGCUGCGCUCGUGGAAGUCAAUCUCAGGAUCGAAGGAUAUCCUGUGCACAAAUGCAUAUUGCCUGGCGAAGCUCACAGUAAACAUGCAUUAAACAAAGGCAUUGGGGCACUAAUGCAGAAGGAGAUCGCCGUGCUUGUUGAUUCUUUGAAGGCAGGCACUAUGUGCAUCACCCAAUUUCCCAAGGAGGAUCGACCGGCUGUGACCACUUCUGAGAAGGCUGUAAUCGAGGGCGAAGCACCUCCACCUGAAUGGCCCCAUCAUGGUGCACGACGGUUGUUCCUUGAUGGUCACACUGAUCACAACGGUCUUCCUCGCCUCAAGCCUAGCACAGCAACUACGAAGGUCAAAAAGGGUAAAGCACCCGAGUCCCCUCCACCACCCUCCAAUGAUGAAGGUGUGGACAAUGACGACGCACCUAACCCUAAUAUGCGAGUCGAAGUUGUACCCCCACCCUCACGACCUUUCAAAGUCGUCCAACCUCCACUACCACCAUCGCGUCCUUUCAGAGUGGUUCCCAAGCCACCUGCAACUCAGAGUGAGGUAAUCAAAGUUACGUCCACUGAAGAGGACCCCGUGGAUGAGUCCGACCCUGAGUACAACAAACCAGGACAUGGAAAGAAGAGGAAGCUCAAGUCCGCGAAUACAUCGCGUGCGUUAAAGAAGAUUGCCCCGUCUACUGAAAAGACUAAUGCUCCAAAAGUGGGGAAGAAAGGUGGGUGGGGUAAGAAUAAUGUGCAAUCCAAGGCACCGCCUCCCUUGCCAACCUCGAAUACUUUCCCUGUGAAAGGUGGUCCACUAUCCCCAUUAACAGUGGGAUCAUCAACCAAUGGUCCGUCAUCGCCAGAACAUAGUAAAGCCGGUAAAGCAAUGUGCCUCUGA